AUGUCCGACUUUGGUGGCGAUGAUGAUAUGGGAGGUGGUGGCGGCUACCAAGAGGAAGCCGCCUUCGAUGAUGUAGAGCCCGAAGAAAUCUUUGACGAGGAAGUCCCACUCGAUGAUGAUGAAGAAAACGAAGACGCCAAUGUGGUCGUUUCGGGCGACCCAAACGCGGCCGCCCGCGCCACCGGCCAGAAGUUGUCACACAAGGACAAGAAGAUCCCCAACGACAAACGGAUCACGACCCCCUUCAUGACAAAGUACGAGAAGGCACGCAUUCUGGGAACGAGGGCAUUGCAAAUCAGCAUGAACGCUCCUGUUUUGGUCGAUCUCGAGGGAGAGACGGACCCGUUGCAAAUUGCUAUCAAAGAACUGGCUGAGAAAAAGAUUCCCUUGAUAAUCCGGCGCUACAUGCCCGACGGAUACUACGAGGAUUGGACGUGCGAGGAGCUACUCCAAUGA